UGUACGCUGCUGGGGAAGCGUAGAAACCUUUCCCAAGUCAUAAAACUUAGAAGCUCGAGUCCUUCGCGCCGAGCCGCGCUGCGGCGUACACACAGAGUAGGGAGAGAGAGAUGGGAGUUCAUGGCCUUUGGGACCUUCUCGCUCCAGUUGGUCGCCGCCUCUCCGUCGAAAACUUAGCCGGAAAAAAACUAGCAAUCGAUGCGAGCAUUUGGAUAAUUCAGUUUAUGAAGGCGAUGAGAGAUGAGAGGGGGGAGAUGGUGAAGAAUGCCCAUUUGAUAGGGUUUUUCAGGCGAAUUUGUAAGCUCUUGUUUUUGAGGACGAAGCCGGUGUUUGUGUUUGAUGGGGGCACGCCGGCCCUGAAGAGACGCACUGUGAUUGCCCGCAGGAGGCAGAGGGAGAAUGCGCAGGCGAAGAUCAGGAAAACUGCGGAAAAGCUGCUCCUCAAUCAUCUCAAGAAACGGAAGUUAGAAGAAUUAGCUAAAGAAUUUGCAGUAGGGAGGAAGAAAAUUGGAGCAAAGGGAAAAGGGGUUGUGACUGAACCCUCUAAAUUGGUGGCAGAGGAAGAAAAGGAGGGAGUGAAAGAAGCUUACAACCAGGACAAUGCAGAUGCAUUGUUGGCAGCUUCUCUUGCUGCUGAAGAAGAUGGUGCGUUUAUUAGCGAGGCAUCAACCUCAGCUGCUGGGGUUCCCAUUGAAGAGGAAGACAACCUGGAUGAGAGUGAGGAAAUGAUCUUUCCAACAGGACAGGGAAAAGUUGACCCAGCAAUAUUGGCAGCAUUGCCUCCAUCUAUGCAACUAGAUCUUCUGGUUCAGAUGAGAGAGCAAUUGAUGGCAGAAAACAGACAGAAGUAUCAGAAGGUUAAGAAGGCACCCUCAAAAUUUUCUGAGCUACAGAUACAUUCUUAUCUCAAAACAGUUGCUUUUCGUCGGGAGAUAAAUGAAGUGCAGAAAUUUGCUGGUGGAAGGGGAGUUGGUGGAUUGCCAGCUUCCAGGAUUGCAUCUGAAAGCAACAGAGAGUUCAUCUUUUCAUCAUCUUAUAGUGGUGACAAGAAUGUGCUGAGUACCUCUGGGGUCAGUAGCAGUGGAGAUACUGAGCAUCAGUUGCAAGGGACUAAUUCUAAAUUUCAACCUGUGGAAUCUAUCCCAUCUACAAUUGGUUUCAGCUCUAACACUAGAGCUGCCAUUGAUGAAUCUGAGAGGGAAUUGGAUGGUGCAGUAGAGACUUACCUUGAUGAGAGGGGACGGGUUAGGGUUAGCAGAUUAAGGGGAAUGGGGAUUCGAAUGACUCGUGAUCUGCAAUGGAAUUUGGAAAUGAUGAAAGAACUUGAGCAAGUGAAGAGUACAGAAACAAAUAAUAUGGUGGGCCUGGUUGCCACCACUGAUGAUGAAGUUGCCAAGGGUGCUCCCAGUUCUAUCUGCCCUAAAAAAGCUUCAAGUUUGAAGGAAAAUAAUGAAAGAGAUUUGUUUGAAGGCAGAAAUGGGGAUUCAAUACAGAUGGAUGAGAACAAUCUUCUUCAUACAUGCUCUACCCUUGGAGGCACUCAUGCCAUAGAGAUCUCCUUCUCAGAAGAUGAAUUUGUUGGCCAUGGGAAAGAUGAGGAUGAGUUCUUUACAAGUUUGGUUGCUGAAAAUACUGCAUCCAUGGAGGAGUCGCAUCCAUCUCAGGUUGAGGCAUCAAACGGCAGUGAUGAAGGGGAGGUCGAUUGGGAAGAUGGGACCUGUGAUUUACCUGUUGAAACAUCUAACUCUCCUAUUGAAACUAAGCAAACUGUUUCAAAAGGAAGUCUGGCUGAAGAAGCUGAAAUCCAGGAGGCAAUAAGGAGGAGUCUACAGGAAAACAGUGGAGGAAAAUGCAUCAACCUAUUUUCGGAAGUGGAGACUCCAAAGCCUUCCAUUCAAAGAUUUGAUAUUUGUAAAGAGAGCAAUAAAAUAAUUUCUUCUGAAGAUGGUGAGCAUAAGAUUGAUGGAAAUUCAGUUCUGUUGGACUUUCCUUUGACUGGGAGCCAGUUUGAAGCAUCACUUCAUACCAGGAUGGGAUCUGAACAAGAUGGGAUUAAGCAUCAAAUUGCUGGACCUGUCUUGUCAGAUGCCUACCAAGACCAAAAACUACAGUCCCAUAAAAACUGCUCAAUUAUGCAAGACGAACUCGUGGUUGACUUUAGGAAACAGGAAAUUGUUUCUGAGUUAGAGGGGCCUCCUAAUGUCAAUUCUGAUGUACCUGCUAUCAUGGCCAGCAAUGUGUUUGAUGCAUUUAGUGGUGAUACUCCACUAAAUAAUUUGCAUCAUUCGUUAUCUUCACAACAUCAUUGUGAUAUUGAAAAUGCUCCUGUUGACAUUAAAGAGUUUUCAUCGAAGGAGAAGGGGUUAUCUGAUGAUAUAAAGGAUAGGGAGAUUAGUGCUAAAGAAGCUGAUCUUGAUCUCAAAAUAUCUUCAUCGAAGGAAAAGGAGUUAUCUGAUGAUGCAAAGGAAACGGAGGUAAAUGCUGUAGAAGUAGACCUUCUUGCUGAUCAAGAAGAUUACCAUAAGGAUGUGAAUGAAUUUCAAGACCGUAUGGAGUUUCAGGAUACAUUGGAUGAAGAAAUAUCUCUAUUGAGACAAGAGCAGCUUGAUUUGGGUGAUCAACAGAGAAAGCUUGAGAGGAAUGCUGAAUAUGCUAGCAGCGAGAUGUUUGCAGAGUGUCAGGAGCUGCUUCAAAUGUUUGGCUUACCUUAUAUUAUUGCACCUAUGGAAGCUGAAGCACAAUGUGCCUAUAUGGAGCUAAGUAAUCUCGUUGAUGGGGUUGUGACUGAUGACUCUGAUGCUUUCUUAUUUGGAGCGCGUAGCAUAUACAAGAAUAUUUUUGAUGACCGAAAAUAUGUCGAGAUGUACCUUAUAAAGGAUGUGGAGAAUGAGCUUGGAUUAACCAGAGAUAAGCUUAUCCGAAUGGCUUUGCUUCUUGGGAGUGAUUAUACUGAAGGUAUCAGUGGUGUUGGUAUUGUUAAUGCUAUUGAAAUUGUAAAUGCAUUUCCUGAGGAGGGUGGUCUCCAGAAGUUCAGAGAAUGGCUUGAAUCUCCAGAUCCUUCCAUUUUAAACAAGGUCCAUGCUCAAACUGGCAAGGAAACUCGAAAAAAAUCAUCAAAAGAAAGUAAAAAGGAUGAAGAUGUCUGUGAAAGCAUGGGGGAUGUUCUUCUUGAUGACAAUAGUGAUGGGAGAUGCAAUAUUGAUCAAGAAUCUGAGGAUAUUGCAAACCUGAAACAGAUUUUCAUGGAGAAGCAUAGAAAUGUGAGCAAGAACUGGUGUAUUCCUUCAUCCUUCCCCAGUGAGUCUGUUCUUUCUGCUUAUAAAUCCCCACAAGUCGAUGAAUCAACAGAGCCGUUUUUGUGGGGAAAGCCUGAUUUGCUUUUUCUUCGGAAGUUAUGUUGGGAAAGGUUUGGUUGGCCUAGCCAGAAGGCAGAUGAAUUGCUCCUUCCAGUUUUAAGGGAGCAUAACCGCCAUGAGACCCAGUUGCGUUUAGAAGCAUUCUACACCUUCAAUGAGAAGUUUGCAAAAAUUCGUAGCAAGAGAAUCCAAAAAGCUGUCAAAGGAAUUACGGGCAACCGAUCCUCGGAGAUGAUGCAUGUGCCUGGAAGUAAAGAAGCUUCUACCUCCAGUGAACCCAAACGAAGAAAAGGGAAGAGCCCACCAAAUUCGAAUGAAGAUGCAUUUGCUGAAGUUUUAAAUAAUGACACCUUUGUUGAGGGAAACGAUGAGGAGUGUACAGGAAAUCAAGUUUCAAAGCAGCAGAGGAAGCAGAGGACCACCACUAGAGAGAAAGCGAGAAGAGAGAGAGGGAAUGGUAAAGGAAGAGGAAGGGGAAGGGGGAUGAAAGGUGGCUACAAUGCCAAACCAUCAGAGACCAGCUCUUGCGAUGGUGAAGAAUGUAAUGAAAAAACCAGAUUUGGUCAAAUGGAGCUCCCUGUGCUGCGAAGGUCAGCGCGGCCAAAGAAGAAUGUAAAAUAUGCAGGAGCUGGGGAUUCCCUGAAUCAAAGUGACUCUGAUUACAUUGCGGAAGUGGGACAUGAGCGAGAUCCAUCUUCUUGUGGGGGAAUAGUUGGAGCAAUUCAUAGUAUUAAUCAUGAAGUAGCAGUAGAGAAUGUGGACGGGAGUUCCUCAAAAGAUUACCUUUCUAUGGGAGGUGGAUUCUGCCCAGAAGAGGCUGAACCCCGAAGUGACCUAGAUGAGCCGGUUCUGGGAUGUGUUGAUACUAUUAUUGCUAACAAUAGUAACAAAUCUCGUUCUCGAGAAUUACUUGAUGAGGCCUUUGGUGCUGCCCAAACUUGGGAUCAUGAGCCAAUUUUGCAUGGAAGAUCAGUGAGUGAGGUUCAGCCUGCAAAUGCAAAUGGGCCUCAACAGGAAGAUUUUCAGGAUAAGGACGAGGAGGAACGCAAUCAAACAAAUGAUAACCCUAAUUUUCAGGCCCUGGAGAAGUCAAAAUCUCAGCAACCUGAGACAGGUUUAAAAGCAAUGCCUACUUUGAGGAGGAAAAGAAAAAUGUGAGGAUUUGUAGAUUCCCGGGACGCUAUUGCUAUUUGUCAAUGUUUUGAGAGCCUUUGGCCUUUUUAUUAUAUUAGCAGCCUUGCUACUCUUGUAUGUAAAUUUUAACUUUUUUGUACAUAUACAAAUUGCAGAGUUGAAAACUUCCAAUUUGUUGAUCA